AUGUUCUCUGAAACCUCUCAGAUCAAUGAGGCUCCGGCCGGUAUCCUUCCCGACAGAAGCAUCAUAGGAGCCACCUACUUGAAGGAACUUCUGGGAUCCCUCAAGGAAGGGUAUGAGAACGAUCACCUCCUCACCUACCCACCUGGAGCUAUUAUAUUCAAAAUGCAGGAGGACAAUUUUACUGUGAUCACAGAGUUUUAUCUCUUAGGAAUUCAAAGUAGCCAACUUUCAAGAAGUUUCCUGUUCUGCCUUCUCCUGUUGUUUUUUUGUGGGACAAUAUGUGGGAAUUUUCUGAUCAUCAUCCUGGUGUUUAUCAACAAGAACCUCCACACUCCAAUGUACUUCUUCAUCUCACACCUGUCUAUCAGUGACAUCUUAUUGACAACUGAUAUUGUCCCCAACAUGCUCUACAUUAUACUGAAUAAUGGGGGGACCAUCACUUUUAUUGGUUGUAUCAUUCAGUUCUAUUUCUUCUGUGUAUCGGAGACAUUGCAAUGUCUUCUUCUUGCUGUGAUGUCAUAUGACAGAUAUGUGGCUAUCUGUAAUCCCCUUCGUUAUGCAUCUAUAAUGACAUGGAACCACUGUGUGAAAUUGGCCAUCAUGUGUUGGUUGGUCGGUUUUACUAUUAUAUUGUCUGACAUCAUAUCAGUAACAAAGUUAAAAUCCUGUGGGCCAAAUGUAAUUGACCACUUUUUCUGUGAUCUUGUUCCUUUACUGACAAUGUCUUGCUCAGAUACCUUUAUCGUUCAGCUGAAGAUAUAUUUACUGACUUUUCCUGUCGCCAUCAUCCCAAGCAUAAUAAUUAUUACGUCUUAUGUCAACAUUGUUUCUACUGUCUUGAGGAUCCCAUCCAGUACUGGUAGACAGAAAGCCUUCUCCACCUGUAGCUCCCACCUCAUUGUGGUCUCCAUAUUUUACUUGACUCUGUUCAGUGUGUAUGUUUUCCCAAAAAAAGGUGAAACCUUGAAGAUCAGUAAAUUCCUAUCAUUACUGUAUAUUGUAUUUACUCCUUUUAUCAACCCGAUUAUAUAUAGUUUAAGAAACAAAGAUAUUAAGAGAGCCGUACAGGAAACAAUACGGAAACACUAUUUUCCCAACUUUCCUUGA